ACUCCCUUUAUACGGUUAAUCAGUGAAUUAAUGCAACUUUGAUAACGUAGUAUCAACGGCUUUGAAGCAACACAAAGACGCUCGUGUUCAACGUUGCCUGUUCCAUCGUUCCUUCUUCCUGGUUCAUCUUGGUGGAUUCGCUAAGCUCGGUUCGGUUGUUGAUGAUUGAUGGAAGGAAAGAAAGACAUGAUCCACCUCCUGCCAUUUCGACCAUUGCUGGGCUAUCAUAAAUUACUUCUACUUUAUUAGUAGACAAAGAAGCUAGACUAGAUCUUUCCAACUUCUUUCUUUAUGAUAUAUCAUCACCACAAGUAACAAAUCUUUUGAUGUGAUAUUAUGACGCAAAAGGAGUGAUUCUACAUCCAAAGUCCCCUGUUAAUUAGCCCAAAAACGUCCCCCCCUCCACGUCGCCAGUCAGACAGCGGAUGCCAACCAAGCGCCAGCGCCAGCCUCCUUCAAGCUAACAAACCAUCAUCUCGUCCCAAUUCUCCCACACGGACGGACCCCAGUUCGCAAGCUUCCGAUCCAGUCAACACGCACGCCCGAUCUUUUCCCCCAUUCAGCCUUGUCCUGCCCAGACAGUGUCAGCCCAAGGGGAGAAAGUUUGACGAACCAAGAAACAGAGUUCUGUACAGCUGUCUCUACUUGCAACUCCGUACUCCGUAGGUGUCUUGUCGCUCCCGAUUCGAUCCCUGGAAUUCGCACAACAAUAAAUCAACUGCUUUACUCCCCCUGCAUCGGCAGUAGCCGUCUCACCGAACUAGUCUACGCAAGACAGAGACACGCAGCAGAUACGACGACAGAUUAUCAACCUGCACAACGCAAACGGCGACACCCUUUCGCCCAAUUCCCCCCUUAAUUCACGACGAUCGCGACGACUUCCUGCGUACGUCUACGCCUACGUCACCCAUUGCAUCGCGAGUCGACCUCCGACAAUCCUUCCACCGCUACAGGAGCUUUUGGCUCUUACUUCCCCUCCGAUAGAAUCGAAAAAAGGGACCACAUAAUCACCGCAUCAAUCGAAGGGGCUGGACAAGGCAGACCAUCAUGCCGGGGUUCGCUGAUUCCUUCUGGUCGAGCGAUUACGCUGCGGGACUUGGUGUCCUGUUCAGCAAGCUUCAACAAGGUGUUCAUGAGAACAGACAGGUUCUGACCAUCGCACGCCUACGCGCCGAAGCCGAGGAGACCUAUGGUCAGCGACUUGGCGAUAUUGCUCCAUCGGCCGACAAGAUCACUGGUGGCUUCAGCCGUGAUGACGGAGCUACUGUUCGUAAGGCCUUCGAUGGCAUGCGAAAUGAGAUGCAAGAUGCUGCGCGCAACCACCGUCGCAUCGCCCAGAGCAUCCGCGACCUCGUUGUCAACCCCUUCUCCCGCUGGUGCGACGCCCACGAAGCUCGUAUCCAGGACUCUCAAGAUGAGCUGCAAGUGCGCAUCAAGGCUCAUGACCGUCAGGCUGAGGCAGUCAAGAAGCUCCGAUCCGUGUAUUUCAACAAAUGCCGACUGGUAGAGGACCUCGAAGAGGAAAAUAAGCUUGCUUUCCAGGAUCCUGAAACCAGCCCCAAAGGCAAUCAGAAUAUUCCUGAGAUUAAGGUUCAGCCUCAUAAGGAAGAGGAGCCCGAGGAGGAAGAGCUAUAUGAAAUUGGCGACGACACUUACCAGCCCGAGCAAGUGAAGAAGAUUCUUUCCCAGAUGCUUUCCAGCAUCAAGAUGGGCGAGACCAAGGUGCCAAUCCUAGGAACAUAUCUCAACACUUCCUCCGGUUCCGACAUCGUUGAAUAUUUGCAGCGUAGCAUGGGCAACAUCGGCGUAGCUUAUGCUGAGCGAAUUGGUCAAGAUCUUGUUAACAACGGUUUCCUUCGCCUCAUCGGUAAUGUGGGAAGUACAUUUGCCAACAGCUCCAAGAUGUUCUACCAAUGGCGACCUAAGGCUUUCCAAAUGGCUGGUGUUCCUGAAAAGAAGUCUAUCAACCGCACUUUCUCACUGGCUUCUACGGGUUCUGAGGGCGCUGAUUCUCCAGUUGGAACUGUCAGCGAGUAUCUUGCCAACUGGAAUGUUCUUAACAACUCUCACCCUAACGAGACCCCUAGCCAGCGUCUGAAGCGAGAGGCUUCCGAGGCCGAUGAGAAGUACCGCGAGGGCGUCCGCAAGCUUGACCAGCUUCGAUGCGAGCUUGAGGAGGCUAUUCAUCUUCAUCUCAAGUUCCUUGAGCGCUGCGAGCUUGACCGUCUAAAGGCUGUCAAGACUGUCAUCCUCGACUUCUCGGGCACCAUUGGAAACGUCAUCCCAAGCCUGCAGUCUACUGUAGACCAGAUGAUGCUCUUCCAGGAGACCAUCCAGCCCCAGAGCGAUCUACGUUAUCUUCUCGAGACCUAUCGCACUGGAAGUUUCGUGCCCAAGGUGGUCGUCUAUGAGAACUAUUACAAUAAGGUCGACGAGCAGACAUUUGGUAUCGAUCUUGAGGCGCGUGCCAGGGCUGACAAGAAGCGCGUGCCCAUGAUUGUUACCACUAUCUUGACCUAUUUAGACCACCAUUACCCUGAUCUUGAAGGUGAUGAGGCUCGGCGAGGUGUGUGGUUGCUGGAAGUUCCGCUAUCACAAUCACACCGUCUACGCGCCAAAGUUAAUGACGGCAAGCCUGUUUCUCCUGAUGUGUUUGAUGAAUUUGAUAUCCCCACGGUUGCCAGUUUGCUCAAGGUCUAUCUCUUGGAGCUUCCUGAUUCUCUGGUCUCCUCUCACGUUUAUGAGAUUAUCCGAACUAUUUACUCUACCCCAUCUACUGACGCUGAUGAGUCCUCUCGCAUUGCUGCUCUCCAAUCUACUCUAUCACAGCUCCGCCUCACCAAUAUUGCCACUCUCGAUGCUUGUAUGAACCACUUCACUCGCCUGAUCGACUUGACUUCUGCCGAUGAAGCUUAUGUUGCAUCUCUUGCUACCACUCUUGCACCUUGCAUCCUGCGGCCACGAACUGAGACCUCACUCACUAUGGAAGAGAAGCAUGCGUACCGACUGGUCCGAGAUCUGUUUGCCCAUAAAGACGCCAUCUUUAGUGCCCUGAAGCGCAUGUCUAUGGUUACACACUCCACCUCUGUUGGCAGCAACAACCGCCCUCGAGCCAUUAGCACCGACGAAAGCAACCGUAAGGCCCUUAUGGAAGAGCGGAAUAGAGCUCUGCUUGAAAAGGCCAACGCAAGCCGCGGCCGUGAUAAGAGCCCUGCGCCAGGCCCCCGUGGUCACCGCCGAGACCGAAGUACCGGCGGACCAGAGACCCGAUUCCCUAUUGCCAGCCCAACAUCGGCUGUUGAUCGACACCGCACCAGUCUCGGCGGAGUUAUCAAGAGACAGAGUCUUGAAGUUCCCGAGCCCGAUGGUGCUGCCCCUGUAAAUGGCGAUGCUGAAAAGGAUAAGUCUGACGCCGAUUCGGAGAAGCGAGACAGCCGUGAUAGCACAGGACGUACACCAACCAAGUUCGUUGGUGGCAAACGAGUUCCUGUGGUGCCAUCGACUCCCCCUUCAGAAUCCAACCGCGGCGUGCAACUUGAAGAUGCUCCGAUGGAGGAUUAGUUUUACGACACGGAGCCAAGUUUUAGACAGCGGUUGGAGGCGGAGUUUCGGUUCUGAACCAUGACAGACCCAAAUAGAGCCACGCCUUCAUCUUGAUCUUGAACGGAGUUGGGAUUUGGUUAACAGCGGGACUGCAGGAAUAGAGGGGAGCGGCUCGGGUUGACUCGGCCGUCUAAUCUACCUUGUCAUGUGUAUGUGUUAAUGGAACAUGAGCAAAAAAGAACUAUCGGUGUACUUUUUUUCUUGUCGUUUUUCUCGAUCUGGACGUGGAACUGGAACUGGAACUGGGUCCAGUCUAUUUUUGUAUUUAUGCUGUAUCAACAUCAUGAUACGGCAGCGAUUCCCUAUUCGUUAAGAGACUUGUUUCAGGACAUUGAUCCAGCUCGGGCUUGAUGAUAUUCUUGAGACGCUGUAAAUAUUGAGCGAAAAGCGGCCUAGCACAUGAAAGGCAGGACAUGAGAAAUGAUUCAAAGAUUUUUGAUACUUAUUAUUAUCUGCUUGAUCCUCCUCCUGACUGAGUGUCUCUGUUAUGCUAUCGAAUGCUCACUCACUCCUAAACCACUUGUGUCCGUCUACUCGUCUUGAAUCUCAGCAACACGCUUCUUCUUCUUUUUCUUCUUAGCAACAGCCACUUCACCACCAGAAGCAGGAGACUCGACGCCACGAGUACUGCUAUCAUCACCGCCUUCUUCCUCCAGGACCGCAGCCCGCGGAGCCUUCUUCUUCUUUUUCUUGGGCUUUGCUUCUUCGCCCUCUGCUCCCUCGGCACCAGCAUCCUUCUUGGGCUUCUUCUUUUUCUUCUUGACAACUGUGCCCUCAACAUCAACGCCUUGUGCCACCUGAAUGCGCUCAUUCGCACGUUGCAUCUCGAGGCGAAGACGCUCAACUUCUUUCAUGGCUUGCUGCAUCUCAAUGUCCUCACGCUGUUGCUGCUCAUAGUCGAAACCAGUUGACGGUUGGCCUUCGAGACUGAAGGAGCCGAUGCCGCUCGAGUCUACGCCAAGCAAGCCCUGCUUGGUCUUGGUCUUCCGAGCCUUGGACUUUGUGAAGCUGUCAGAGUUAUUCUCCGAGUCAUAAGAUCGAAGACCGCCACUUGCGCUGCCUUCGAGGGUCUCAUCUGCGGCAAUAACGACUUUUUGUCGUGGCUUUGGCUGUGGUCUUGGGGGCUGUGCAGCAGGCGUUCCGGCUCUUGAUAGCUCUAGUUGCAUGAUAGGUAUGGAGUCGAUAUCCAAGUCGGGUCCGUUGCUGCUCUGGAGAAUGUUGUGAAUAGGGGUCGAAGUGCGAGGAGUGUCGUUGCUGGGAAUAUAAAAGGGAUCAUCUUUGUUGCGUUCGAGACGCUCGGCUUUUCUUCGAGCAACAAUAUCAGCGUCCAGAUAGGUAUCUUCGUCAGCUUGCUGAUAAGAAGUUGAGUAUUCCUCUAUAGGUUCAGCUAUCCUGCUGAUGGCUGGUGCGGAUGAAUCAAUGCUUGUAGGUGGUGGCUUCUGGUGGUAAUAUGUCUCAAACUCAUCCGAGUCGUCUGUUGCUAAUGUGAUAGAGUCGGCUUCUGAUAGUAAUUUGGCCAGGUUUGCAUGAAUGGGUUCAUCCAAGUCCAGGCCCACGGGUACUGGGACGUUCAGCUGAGCACCCUUGGAUACCGAGUUGAGUUCCCAGCCGUUGAAAAGCGAGGGGAUAGCCUGAGUGAGAAGCAACGGGGGAUCUUGCUCAACAUCGUCUGUCGACGCCGGUUGAGAUGAAGCAGCUUCAGCCGUGAGCUUCAGCAACUCCGUGAACUCAACGGCUCGUUCCUGGACCUCAAGACUAGGGUGUAGUGCUAGAGGCUCAAAGACGUGGAUAAUGCGCGCCAUAAGUAGCGAUACCCUCGACUUUCUCUCUGCUGUCCAGGGUUCACUCUCAUCCCCAACUAUAGUGGCGAAAACUUUUGUGACUGCUUGUAGGGUCGUCGUUAAAACUUCAGGGUUGUUUGUUCGGGGAAUGAGCUGUAAGAGGCCAUUCAAACCCUCAUCUGGAACGGCCAAUUGCGAAGCGUAUUCGCCCAUGAUCCAUGCAACUGACUUGAGUGCCCCUGAAGUGAUUUUGUAUCCUGGCGGUGUAUCUGUAUUGAGCUGGCUGAGAAUGAUCUCCGCUGCCCUGACAGCCGUUGAUCGCAUCACCCGGACCUUGACAGCCACAUUGCGGAGCUCGUCACCAAUCUUUUCUGACACAUUGGCCCUGGCCUUUUCAACUGGACCCAGAUCAUCAUCGACCUUGCGAGAGGCGGGAGCCAUGCGAACAAGCUGUGUGAGGACAUCAAUGUACCAGUCAAAGUCCAAGACACUCGAGUAGUUGUCCUUGGAGCACAUUCCCAAAAUCCUUCC